AUGCCGUCCAACAAGGCUGCAUAUCUCACUGCUGAGAAAACCACUUUGGAGGUCAAACCCGCGCCCUAUCCAGAGCUCAAAGAAAACGGCGUCAUCGUUCGAACUCGAGCUGUUGCGCUCAAUCCCGUCGACUGGGCCCAGCAGGCUCUAGGGCCGGAGGUCUUCACCUGGCUCAAGUUCCCAGCGAUCCUCGGUUACGAUGUAGCCGGUGAGGUAGUCGACGUCGGAUCCGACAUCACCAGGUUCAAAGUCGGCGACAGAGUUGCAGGCCAUGCCACGGGCUGCUAUCAGGAGUUCGUGCUGGUAGAGGAGCAUUGCGCUUCGAUUUUGCCGGCAGCAAUCAGCUUCGAGCAAGCUGCUGUCCUCCCCUUGUGUCUCGGCGUCGCCGCUAAAACGCUCUUCCAUCCGGAGUACCUAGCACUCGAGCCGCCAUGUCUGAACCCCAAGCCCACCGGCAAGACAGUCCUCGUUUGGGGCGGCUCGACCAGUGUCGGCUGUAACGCGAUUCAAUUGGCGAAAGCUGCAGGCUACGAGGUGAUUACCACUGCAUCACCGGCGAAUUUUGAGUAUGUCAAGAAGCUCGGCGCCAGCCACGUGUUCGACUACAACAGUUCGACGGUCAAGGACGAUCUGGUAGCGGCCGUGAAGGGUAAGACAGUUGCAGGUACCAUAGCAAACGGUGGGUUCAUAUCCGAGCAAUUCCCUGCAAUAGUGGAGGCCUGUGCUGCUGUGGCGUUGAGCUCGCCUGAGAACUGCAAGUUGAUUCCGCUCACCAUGGUACCUCGCUUUCCUCUUCCGGGUGGAGUUGAGACCAAGUUUGUCGAUGUCUGGCAGGGUGACAAGGACCUUGCUUCGUCAAUAUUUAAUAGAUAUUUGCCCGGCGCGCUGGAAGAUGGCUCUUUCGUACCCGCACCGCCGCCCCAGGUGGUUGGGCAUGGCCUCGAGUCAGUUCAAAAAGCCAUAGAUCUGCUUCAGAAAGGAGUCUCGGCGAAAAAGAUUGUGGUCACAUUUUGA